AUGGAGCGGCUGACGUUGCCUCCCGGCGGCGCGGAAGCCAUAGACGAGUACCUGGAGUAUCGAAGAAUUGUUGGUGAGGAUGACGGCGGGAAACUUUUUACUCCUGAAGAAUUUGAAGAAUACAAAAGGAAAGUUUUACCUAUGCGUGUACAGAACCGAUUAUAUGUGAGCUGGCGAUCACCGACUGGAAUGGACUGUAAACUUGUGGGCCCAGAGACUCUCUGUUUUUGUACACAUAGGUAUAAACAACAUAAAACUGAUUUUGAAACGAUGCCACAGCAGCGCCCCAUCAGUUUGCCUUGCCAGGUGACUGGCUGCCAGUGCCGGGCUUACCUGUAUGUCCCUUUGAAUGGCACGCAGCCCAUUCGCUGCAGGUGCAAACACUUUGCUGAACAGCACAGUGCAGCGUCUGAUUUGAUAUGCACUGCAUGUGAGUUACCUGAAAGCACAAGUAGUCAGGUUUCUUCCUUAAGGAAACCUGAAGAGGAUGAUAUGGCAUUCUUUGAAAGGCGAUACCAGGAAAGGAUAAAAAUGGAAAGGGCUGCUAAGCAGAAAGGAAAAGCACCUUUGUCAUCAACUACAAAACCUUCAUGA